AUGAACUCAUCAUCAUUCCUUCAAGUCAACACCACCCAAGCGCCCAUCACCAACAGCAAGACCAAUGAGAGAAUACGAUUGUUAUUCGUCAUCUUGACAAUAGUUGGGUUCUGCCUCUUCAUCUCCUUUGUCUCCCUAAUGUUCAAUGUCUUGGCCAUUAUCCCUCAGUUCUUGGACAACACCCGUUAUCUCCUCUUCAGCUACAUGCUGGUCAAUGACACCAUCUAUCUCUUCCUGGCCUUCUUCCUACUGAUGGCAGGAAUGAAUCUGCUUUAUGUCCCCAUACCCCUCUGUUUCUUUUUGUAUGCUAUUUCAGCGAGUGUAUUUAGGAUAACUCCCUACAACCUGGCAGCCAUGGCUCUGGAACGUUACAUGGCAAUUUGUUACCCGCUUCGCCACACUGAGCUAUGCACAACCAAAAGAGCAAAUAUAACCUAUGCCUUAAUAUGGGUGAUACUUCUAGUUCUACAUGGUGCCGAGCUGGUCCUCAUGUUCACCUCAGUUACAAAUCUUUAUCGCUAUGCCAUCUGCAAGAACGAAAAUAUACUGGUAAAUCCCCUUCAAAACGUCAUAAGGACCUUCAGCUUCGUCCUAUGUUUCGGCUUGGUCGGAAUCAUCAUCAUAUUUACCUAUGCCAAGAUUAUGCUGGUUGCCCAUAGAGUAAGUUCUCAGUCAUCUUCUGCUUCCAAAGCUGGGAAGACCAUCAUGCUCCACGCCUUUCAGUUACUUUUGUGUAUGGCUUCCUUAUUGUCCACUCUCACCGAAACAUUUUUGCCCAAAAAGAUCGAAUACAUGCCAAUAACAAACUUUUUUUUCUUCACCUGUGUCCCGAGGUUCCUCAGCCCCAUCAUCUAUGGGAUCCGGGAUGAAGAAUUGAAAAAACACAUCAAAAAGUCUUUAAGGAAAUAUGUCCCUACCUUUAUUGGACGGGCCGAUACUUUGAAUUAGUUGUUCUCAGUCAUUUCAG